UUUUAAAUUCAUUUCCUCGAGCAUUUGUUGCGCAUCAAAGAUAACUCUUACCCCUCUAAACAUAGCGCGCGCGCACAAACAAACAGCAGCAAUUUGCCCAAAAGCCAAAAACAUCUCUAAAGAGCCUGAAAAUACCAAAAUUUCGGGCCUACGGUAAUCCCAACACAACGUCUCUCCACCGCUUAUCUCGAAAUCCUUAUCCGUAGCUUCUGAAAAUACUUUGUCUUCUUCGCUGGCUGCUGCAAGAACUCGUAUCUAAAUCUCAUCAUUCAGUCUUCACCAAGCUUCUUUCUCUGUUUAUUUAUUUUUCUUUUCUUUAAAUUUAUAUUUCGACUGAAUUUAUUGAGGCUGGUUCUGGGGGUUUAUCUUUUAUCUUAUUCCCUCUCCCUCUCCCUCUCCCUCCCUUGAAACCCUCGAAUGAUCGCUGUGCUUUGACUUUCACCAAUCCGAUUGAAUCGAGAGUUCUUUCAAAUAUUGUUUCUAUUUUUUUUUAUUUUUUAUUUUUUUCUGGGUCUUCGUUGAGUAUUUAAUUCGGGCGUCCCCUCGUCUCAUUGUCGGGUUUCUUUGGUUAUGGCCUUGCUUUCGGCUUUAUUGGAGAUUUUGCGGAGACCCACAAUGGUGGGUAUGCUAAGCGAGCUCAUGAUGUUCAUAACGCCUCUGUGGAUGGCGGUUAUUGUUGGGGUUUUGGUUGGAUGGGCAUGGAAGCCCAGAUGGGCCAAGAAUCUGGGCAAUUGCUACGUGUCCAAGGACGCUUUGCCAGCGUCACCGGCCUCAUCGAUGACCACGUGUUUCGCUUCCAUUCCAAUCUUGAAGUUGAACACCUUGAAGUUUCAGCUGCCCAGCUGCGUUUCUUGGACUGCCGAUGAUAAGGAGAGUCUCUCUUUGCCACCCGCUGCCACCAAAUCUGAUUCCAGUUUGUCACAGCACGAUGCUGAAAAAUCGGCUUGGGUGACGGAAGAGGAUUUAGAGCACAUAUGCCGGCUAGUUGAGGAAAGUGAUGGUGGCCCUGCUUGGAUUCAGAUGAUGGACCGUUCUACCCCUAGUAUGAGCUAUCAAGCUUGGCGUAGAGACCCUGAGACUGGCCCUCCACAAUAUCGGAGUAGGACCUUGUUUGAGGAUGCUACUCCUGAGUUGGUGAGGGAAUUCUUUUGGGAUGACGAGUUUCGAGUAAAGUGGGAUGACAUGCUUAUACAUGCUACAACCUUGGAAGAGUGUCCCACUACAGGAAACAUGCUGGUGCAGUGGGUGCGAAAGUUCCCCUUCUUUUGUAGUGAUAGAGAGUAUAUAAUAGGCCGUCGAAUCUGGCAAUCUGGACGAUCUUACUACUGUGUAACAAAGGGAGUACCCAGCUCCUUGGUGCCAAGGCGCAACAAACCUAGACGUGUUGAUUUGUACUAUUCAAGUUGGUGCAUUCGUGCAGUUGAAUCGAAGAGAGAUGGCCAGUUGACUGCAUGUGAGGUGUUGCUAUUUCAUCAUGAAGAUAUGGGUAUACCAUGGGAGAUUGCAAAGCUUGGGGUUCGUCAAGGCAUGUGGGGUGCUGUAAAGAAGAUUGACCCCGGUUUACGCGCAUAUCAAAAGCAGAGAGCAUCUGGAGCCCCACUAUCACGUUGUGCUUUCAUGGCCCAGAUCAACACCAAGGUCAGUGCAGACUACGUGAGAUCAUUGGAAAACAACAGCAGUGAUUCGUCUGAGGUUGAAAAGCAAGACUCAUCUGGGAACCAAAAGGAGAAAAACAUACCCAAGCUUCUAAUUGUUGGUGGAGCAAUCCUCCUUGCCUGUAGCCUUGACCGGGGGCUCUUGACUAAGGCAGUUAUAUUUGGAGUAGCCAGAAGGUUUGGGAGAAUUGGAAGGAGGUUGUGAUUGAGAAUGCUUUUCGCGUCAUUCGAGAGAUACCGGCCACUUCUUUGUUGCAGUGAAGUGAGAAACUGCUCAAUGAUGGAUCUCCUACUUGCCCCCUUUUUAGAGGAUAGAAAACAUAAUUCUUUUCCUAUUGUUUGAGCUAUAGAGCAGCUUUAGAUUGGAGAAGAGAAGACCGCUCGUAGAUGUAGUCGUCAUAGUUGGAGAUGUCAUUAAGGAUCUCAUGCUCCAGAAAUAACAAGAAUAUUCAAGUUCUUUCAUAUUCAUGUCCUCGGUCUUUUUCAUAUUUCCUACGUGGCUUCAUCCUUGUGCAUUAUGACUAAAAGAAACAAACAACAGAAUAUGAAUACAUUGAUAAUUUUCAGAGCA